UUUUGAGUGCGUCACCCGCAGUAGCGUGCUACUGUCACCGGCAGCAACAGCAGGAAUUACUUCGUGCAGCCGAGUCGAACAAUGUUCUAAAAACAGUGACGAAAACGGUGCAUUUAUAGCGAAUAGACUCGAAAAUAGAACUCAAUACCGAUUCGGACGCUAAACUAUGGAGCGCAAGCGACCGAGGCUAUGGUUGCUUACGUGUCUCGUCUUAUUCGGCUUUUGUCCGGGCUCCCUGGACGCCGUAAAUCCGUCGGAGAACGAAAUUGGACACCCGCAACAACGCCAGCAGGACCACCCCAACCCCAAGCUGCCCGCCAGCGAGAUGCCGCUUGAAGUGGACAUCCUGAAACUGAUAAAGGUGUCGCACAAAGACCCGGGAGUGUCCGUUGUGGAGGGCCCCAUUGGAAAGUAUCCAGCCUACAAGUUCCGGCUUCCCUAUGGCAACGUGCCCAUGAUAAACGCGUCGACCGUCAUCGAGGCGAUCAACAAAAGCAACGGAUUCACAGUCGUCUUUUUGUUCAGACAACAAAAAAACAAUUUAGGAACUUUGAUCUCUAUCAAUUCCCCUGGGAGAUUGACGCCCUGGUUCCAGCUAACUUCAAACUCCAAAACCGGCAUUUUAUCUUUGAAGUACCGCCUGAGGAACUCAACCAAACUGAAUCAAAAAGAUUGGGAAUUACCCAGGCAUCAUAGAAAAUCGCCCAUGGCUGCAUGGACCUGGAUGGCACUAACCAUGGACUUCCAAGAAGAUCUGAUUCGUCUGGAUUUGGACUGCAGUCCCAGCAAGUUCGAAUCAGUGCUAUCCCGAAAAGGAGCUCCGCCUAAACUGGCCAUAUCCAACGACGCUUUGGUUUAUUUCAGACAAGAACCAGGCCGGAAAAAGAAGUUUUUAGGAUCGAUGCAAGUAGCCAAAAUUCUUCCAUACGUAACUCACGAGAGACUGUGGAAUUGCUACGAGAUUUCUUCAAAUUUGGCCCCGGAAUAUCGAAAACCCAUUACUGAUAAUUAAUUUUCCAAAAAUAAAAAUAUUUAGUAUAGUAAGAUUUGAAAAUGAGACUGGAACUUUUGGGAUUGAAAAUUAAAUAAGAAAAAAAUGUUAAUUUAAGAUAUUUCGUAUGUUACUUUUUUACAUUUUGUUAAAAUUAAUUUUCUAAAAAAAUAUAUAACAAAGUACUAAAAAAACUAGUGUUACCUAAUGUAUUUAUCAUUAUGUAUGACUUGCAUACCAUUGAAUAAAAUUCAACAAAUACGAAUUACAUUUAUUAUUUACCGUUGGUUAUUAAAUUUAAGCAAAUUUUAUAUGCAACACAACACCAUGUUUAUAAAUGAUGGUGAUAGUUUUAGAUACACAAGAAAUAAAACAAUUCAACCAAUAAAUUACUUUAUUGAACAUAAAUAAUUGUUAAUUUAUAAGAAAUAAAUAGUAUUAAAACAUA